GAAAUAAAUCCGGAUAUCAUUUGGUUAACCAAUGGACCAUGUUUAUAUCAUAUAUGGAAUAUAUUUAUUAUGAUCAUAUAAUGGGCAGAUAAUCCGGUUUGAACACUCAGUAAUGGUUAUCAGUGAAAGGUAAACAAACUAUACCUGGUUUAAAAUGUGUGUACGGUCUAAAAAGUAAGGAGUACCAGUACCCAGUUUAUAACAGGAACGUACCGCGGCUGCAUCUGAUCUUUACCAGUGAUAUAACCCUAUAUAAAGUCACCAUGGUAUACAUGUGGAUUGUGUGGAUUAUAAUUCUGACGGUAGUAACUGUAUAUUAUCUGAACAUUCCGCCACCGGAGCUGUCGCCACGUCUCAAGGCCUGGUACAAGAAAGGCAGCUUCUUCAAAUACAAGGGCUUUGAUAUUUUCUACAUCGAUGAAAAAGGUGCUUUAACAGAUGGUAGUACGUUAUUAUUGAUUCACGGCUUCCCAACGUCUAGUCAUGACUGGAGCAAGAUGUUACCCGAUUUAAAGAAAGAGUACAACAGGAUAAUACUUACCGAUAUGCUAGGCCUUGGAUUUUCAGAUAAACCGAAGCAACAUGACUAUCAUAUGUAUGAGCAGGCAGACAUACUGGAAGCCAUUUUGGAAUUCCUGGCUGUUAAAGAUACUCACGUACUUGCGCACGAUAUUGGGGAUACCGUUGCUCUCGAAUUACUUCACAGACAUAACACUGGUAGUGGAAAGAUCAAGUUGAAUUCACUGUGCCUUACAAAUGCGGGAAUAUUUCCAGAAACUAACUUCCCGCUUUUAGGACAAAGGUUGCAACUGGUACCCGUUUUAGGAGAGAUGAUUAUACAGCUUUCCUUCUAUGGUCUUUUUAAACGAGGUCUAAGCAGCACAUUCGGAGCAGCAUACAAACACAGAGAAGAAGACAUGAUAGAUUUCUACGCUGCAUCAAGAUAUAAAGGCGGUGUUGCUGUAAAGCCAAAAAUCAUGCGUUUUAUUACACAAAGAGGUGAGAACAAAGAAAGGUGGGUUGGAGCAUUACAGAAAACAAAAAUACCUGUGCACAUGAUAUAUGGACCAGCUGAUCCGAUAAAUCCUUAUCCUGCCUUUGUUGACCAUUACAGAAAAGUAGUUCCAAAUCCGAGUAUAGAUGUGCUGCCUUCCGGAAUAGGUCACUACCCAACUUGGGAAGAUCCGAACGGCGUUGUUGCAUGCUACACUAAGUUUUUGAUGAAACUGAAAAUGUGAUUUCUCCACCAGUAUAGAGUGUAACGACAAAGAAGUUUUUCGAUUUAUUUUAUUAUUUAAAAACGAUGUUGUAUGUGUAGAUGUUUUUAUUCAUUGCGUGUGCAUAUUUUAGCUAAAAGCAAGACUCGUCAUGAGAUUUUGAUAAUUGUUAUAUGAAAGUACACUGUAACUUGUAAAGAGAAAUUCAAGAAGACCGACCACAAUUGGUAUGCUGAGUACUGUUUGUUUUCUCAGAAACUAUUCAGAUUGUAUGGAAACACCGGUCAUUUUAAGGGAAUAUUUGUU